GAAGGAGGUGGACGGUGCCCCCCGACAACAGCACGCGAGACCAGCCCGGCUUUCACCUCCGUGGCUCCGUCACUCGACUUGCUUCCUUCCCUGCUGGGGCCGAUUCCCUUCUUUCCAAUUGUAAUUGAUUCUUUUCCGCACCUCGAACCACCAACCUCCGUCUUCGCCGAAUUCCAUUUUCCGUUUUCCGCCUCUCCUCUCCCUGCCCGACGCAGGCAGCCACGAUGGAGGCCAUCGCAACAAGACCGGUACUCCUCCCUUGCUGCCGCCGCGCCGUCACCGCCAGCUCCGGCCCGAGCCGGCUGGUCCUCAACACACUCCCCUCCGGGGCCCGCCAAAAAUCCAGCGCAGCGCGGACCCGGCGCGCGCUGAGGAUCCCGCCGCACCCGUCCUUCUUCGCGGGGCCCGACGGCGGCACCGCCCGCCCCACGACCGACGAAAUCAUCUUCAACCCGCCCUCGUCCGAGCCGUCCGUCUACCACACGCCCUUCAAGUUCCUGCCCAAGACCGACCCGCGCCGGCGCGCCAACCUCACCUCGGAACUCCUCGCGUCCUCCACAACGAUCCAAUACCCUUCAUCAUCUUCCUCUUCUUCUUCCACCGCGACGGCGCCAAAAUCCCCCGAGGACUUCCCCGCCCUGGGCCGCGUGCCGACGCAGGACAAGCCGCCGCACCACCUGACCAAGGCGGACAUCGAGGAGAUGCGGCGGCUGCGCGCGGAGGACCCCGUGACCAACAGCGUGCAGACGCUGGCCCGCCGCUUCGGCUGCAGCAAGCUGUUCGUGCUCAUGUGCUGCCAGGCGCCGCCCGAGCACCGCGCCCGCGUGCAGGCCGAGCUGGAGGCCACGCAGGCCCGCUGGGGCCCGCGCCGCCGCGCCGCCCGCGAGGAGCGCGCGCGCCGGUUCGCCAUGCUCUUCAAUGGCGAGCUAUAGACACGUAUGAAUCCGGGAAGAGGAGAUAUCAGGGGUGGCAUGUGUGUUGUGUUUGGGCACCUCUCGGGGUCGGUGCGGAGGAGGAUGAUGGUGGCACCUUGCAAGCCUAGAUAGGCCCCGGGGAGGGAGGAAAGGAAGAGUACGCCGUUUGCAAAUCGGCAAACGCGUCGUUGCACACUGCCACAAGGACGAGACAGGGCUUUGCACGGCAGUUCUGUCCGGCCAGGGUAAGGCCGCAGACAGAACGCUGGGAUACGGCGAAUGUUGUGGGCAGGAACGCCUUUCAUUGUACGAUCAAGCGGCGCGGACAAGCAUCGAGCGGUCAACGGUCGACAGCGGGCAUUAGACGGGCAGGAGCUUGUAAGACAGUUCAGAAGGGCGGCGAGGCGGGACUCGGCAUCACCAUGUCCUGUUGUAUGUACCUAUAAUUCACAUAACCGUCAAAUGUACCUUGUAUAUUGCCUCCAC